GGAAAAGAGAAAGGGGAAAGAGGGAGAAAAGCAAAGAAAGGAUGGUGUUGUGAUGCUGCUGUGCCAAAUGGAUUUUUUAGGGUCAGCAAAGAAAAUAACUGAAAUCAUUCUGAAAACCUCUGCUACUCAAGGCACCGCCUGUCACUAGGGAUUUCUAAAUACUGGGGAAUACAUAUUUGUAUCUACUGUAUUUCUAUGGAAGAUGUCAUUCAUCUGGACCCUACUGGACAGGCUGAGAUAUUCUCUUUUUUUGCUUGCAUUCUGCAUUAAUGUUUCAUUUAGCUGGCUAAAAUGAGUCUAUUGCCAUGAAAUAAGGGCAUAAUAAUGUUGUGCUUAGAAAACAUUUUAUUUCACAAUGGACUCUUUCCAAAAAAGAAGGUUUGACUGCUGAGCGAGAGAGUGAGAGCCACAAGCCAGAGGAACACCAUGCUACCGUGCUGCAUGUCCAGAGUGAGCCAUGUGCUCGUGCUGGUGCUGUGUCUGUCUGCAGCUGAGGACUUCGACUGGACAAAGAACGACCGCGGCUCCUUCUACUAUGGCACAUUUCCGACUGGAUUUUCAUGGGGUGCCGGCAGUUCAGCCUAUCAGACGGAAGGAGCCUGGGACAAAGAUGGCAAAGGCAUGAGUAUCUGGGACGUGUUUUCCCACAAGAAGGGAAAGAUAUUCUUGAACGACACUGGAGACUCAUCCUGUGAGGGAUACUACAAAGUCAAGGAUGACAUCUCCUUAAUGAAGGAGCUGAAGCUAAACCAUUACCGUUUCUCCAUCUCCUGGCCCAGGAUCUUGCCCACUGGCAUUAAGUCGGACCACGUAAACGAGAAGGGAAUUAAGUACUAUGACGACUUGAUCAAUCUGCUCGUGGAGAACAAGAUCACACCGAUUGUUACUCUGUAUCACUGGGACCUUCCACAGGUCUUGCAGGAGAAAUAUGGAGGAUGGCAGAACAUCAGCAUGGUCAACUACUUCAAUGACUUUGCCAACCUGUGCUUUGAGAGAUUUGGGAACCGGGUGAAAUACUGGAUCACUUUCAACAACCCAUGGUCAGUAGCUGUAGAGGGCUAUGAGACAGGAGAGCAUGCUCCCGGCCUCAAACUGAAAGGAACUGGGGCAUACAGGGCAGCCCACCACAUCAUUAAGGCACACGCAAAGGUCUGGCACACGUAUGACACCCAGUGGAGGAACAAACAAAAAGGCUUGGUGGGCAUCUCCCUCUCAGGGGACUGGGGAGAGCCGGUGGACAUCACCAACCAGAAGGACAUAGAGGCAGCCGAGAGAUAUGUCCAGUUCUACCUGGGCUGGUUCGCCACGCCCGUCUUUCACGGGGACUACCCUCAAGUGAUGAAAGACUACAUUGGCAAGAAGAGUGCUCAGCAGGGCCUGGGCAGCUCGCGGCUGCCCACCUUCUCGUCCCAGGAGAAGAGCUACAUCAAGGGUACCUGCGACUUCCUGGGCAUUGGGCACUUCACCACCCGCUACGUCACCCAGAAGAACUACCCGUCCAGCCGAGGAACCACCUACUUUACUGACCGUGACCUGGCUGAGCUGGUGGACCCGCGCUGGCCCGACCCCGGGUCUGAGUGGUUGUACUCCGUCCCCUGGGGGUUCCGUCGCCUGCUCAAUUUUGUCAAGACCCAGUACGGGAAUCCAAUGAUCUAUGUGACAGAGAAUGGAGUUUCAGAAAAGAUGAUGUGCACGGAACUUUGCGAUGACUGGAGGAUACAGUACUUCAAAGAUUAUAUAAAUGAGAUGCUGAAAGCCAUUAAGGAUGGAGUGAACGUGAAGGGCUACACAGCCUGGUCCCUGCUGGACAAGUUUGAGUGGGAUGAGGGAUACUCUGAGAGGUUUGGCCUUUACUACGUGGACUUCAGGAACAAGAACAAGCCGCGCUAUCCCAAGGCCUCCGUUCAGUACUAUAAACGCAUCAUCAGCUCGAACGGGUUCCCCAAUCAGAGAGAGGUGGAGAACUGGAAGAGGAAGGCCACAGAGACCUGCUCCUCCAGCAAUCAGCUGCUAGCUGCAGAAGAACAGCGGAGUACUGCUGCCAAUAUUCUAAGACUAAUUCAUGACCCUCUGACCAGUCACAUGGAGAUGGUAACGGAGAUCGUGGUCCCCACUGUGUGUACACUGUGUAUCCUCCUCAGUGCGGUCUUCCUCAUGUUUCUAUUGCGCAGACGCAACUAGCGACGCACUCAGCUCCUAUUCAGUUAUUCAUUUCUCAGCGUGACAACACAAACACACCUGUACUGGGCCAUUCUGUUAAGUCUCAAUCACACACAGGAUGUCUGAAGCUCAGCCUGGCCGAAGGCGUUAUGAUGAAAGGACUCUGACAUUAAUGCUGGUGCUUGUUGAUGUACAGUAAGUGUCACUUCCAUUUCACAAGAAGCAUUUUCCUCAAGUCCCAGUGUAUUGUGUUUAUUUAUUUAUUUUGUAGAUUAAAAAUUUAGCAGCCAACAUCUUAAUGCAGUUCAGAAACCAACAUGGAUGAAUUCAGGUUUGAUGUUUGAUGUGAGGUUACUUCUAUUGGCUGCCUUAGUAAUCGAAUAUUGUUUUAACUGAGACACAUGUACAGAAUCUUUUUUAACAACACUAUUGGUCGCCACAGUAAAACAACAUUUGCAGUCACGACGAGCUAUUGAAUGCAUAUUUUUAUAAUUACACUCUUUAUACGCAGUGGGGAAGCAAUUGUAGUGGCAUGUGCUGUUUUAAAAUAGGAAAAGUUUUUAAUUCCAUGUGAAACAUGUUAAUUAAUUAAGCUAAAAGCUAAUAUUUCAGAUGAAAAUAAACUGCAGAAUUAAAGAUUUUAAAAAGUU